AUGCGCUGCACACCAAGACCGCUUCUCCUGCGUCAAGCCGUACGGCAACGGCAGCAAACAUGUCUAUCCUUCCUCUCUCGAAACUUGAGCGCAGCAGCACACUGCCGCCUGGACAUUGAGUUGACAGCACCAAAUGGUGUCACGUGGAAGCAACCACGGGGCCUCUUUAUCAACAAUGAAGAAUACUCUCAGCACAUGUCUGACAGUGACAGCACUGAACAACCCAUCUGCUCAGUCCAAGCAGCCACAGAAUCCGACGUCAACUCGGCCGUCGCCGCCGCCCGUGCCGCCUUCCAGCACCCGUCCUGGCGUGACCUGUCGUCCUCGGCACGGGGCCAGCUCCUCCACAACCUCGCCGACCUCGUCGAGGCCAACGCCUUGACGCUGGCCACCAUCGAGACGCUCGACAACGGCAAGCCCCUGUCGGCGAGCCUCACCGAGGACAUUCCAGACCUCGUGUCCGUGCUCCGCUACUAUGCCGGCUGGGCCGACAAGAGGCACGGCCAGACCAUGGAUCUCGGCCCCGCCAAGCUCGCCUACACGCUGCGCCAGCCGCUCGGCGUCUGCGCUCAGAUAAUCCCCUGGAACUACCCGCUGUCCAUGGCCGGCUGGAAGCUGGCCCCGGCCCUCGCCGCCGGCAACACGCUCGUCCUCAAACCCGCCGAGCAGACGCCCCUGUCCAUGCUCUAUCUCGCCAGCCUCGUGCCCGCCGCCGGGCUGCCGCGCGGCGUCCUCAACAUCCUCAACGGCCGCGGCCCCGAUGCCGGUGCCGCCCUCGCCGCCCACGCCGGCGUCGACAAGCUCGCCUUCACCGGCAGCACGACGAGAUCUUCGGGCCUGCGCCGCCGUCACGCGCUUCGCGACGAGGCCGAGGCCGUCGCGCUGGCCAACGACUCGGCCUACGGGCUCGGCGCCGCCGUCUUCACGCGCGACCUGGCGCGCGCCCACCGCGUCGCGCGCGCCGUCGAGGCCGGCAUGGUCUGGAUCAACAGCAGCAACGACACCGACUACCGCGUGCCCUUUGGCGGCGUCAAGCAGAGCGGCGUCGGCAGGGAGCUGGGCGAGGCCGGCAUCGAGGCGUAUACCGUGGCCAAGAGCGUGCAUGUCAGUCUCGAGGCGACCGAGGGGCCAUGA